GUAAGUGUGAAUCUGAAAAUAUGAAACCGAUAUUUCGUCUAUGUUUUGUAUUCUUAACACAAUUUAAGGAAUAUCGUGCUCAGGACGAAACCUUCACAACAAUACCUGCAAACGACGUGUACACGUUUUUAAAAGAGCUUGGGUCCUAUACCCGCAUGGAUUCCCCAUUCAAGUAUAUCAAGGGACAAGAAUUGGAAAAUGAAGUCUUCCAUUACCCAAACCCAAUGAACGAUCCGAAGGCAGACAAGAGUACAUAUAAAACUUUGUAUUGCAUGAGACAAUAUCAAAAAUGCCUUCUCAAUCAGGGUGUGGAGAUAUCAGUCUGCACUAUACACAGAGACGAAUGGUACACUUGGGGGUUCCUCACGUUUCCUUCAAUGUGUACAAUGUUCAUGGACAACUGUAGAAGAGAUUCAAGACAUUGGCGUGUUAUGGAUCGAGGCGUCUGCUACCUUUAUCCUAAUAAAAAUGAGUACCAAGUCCGAAUUCCAGUAAAUGUACCAAGAAGAAGAAUGAUUCAGUACAACAAUUUCGACAUCAGAAAUGGUUUCAGUAGGUUCAUAGAAAAAAUGUUGCGUAGAUAGAUAGAUAUUUUCUUUACUAUUGUUGUUAUUAAAACUUGUUUUAUGUGUAUUUUUAAUGUUUAUAAAGUUAUAAGCUAAUC